AUGGACGCUGUAUCAAUGAUCCUUGAUGUUGGUGUAAAGCCAAUUACACGGACUCUUUUGAUGUUUGAGCUCAAGAUAACUCCAAAUUUUGAAGAACUGGAAUGUUUGCCGAUUGACGUGGUUGUUGAGGACAGAAGCAUCAUUAUUGACAAGAAAAUUGUUCAUUCCCAGUAUUUUAUGCUCAAAAAACAGUAUGUUGGUGAGACCACCACACUGAAUUUCCCAGUGGAAAUCCAUGGCCCUCUUCCAAAAGAAUUCAUUCUUGAUAUACAUAAUUUUCUGUCAUAUUUUAAUCAUGAACCCAUAACUGUUGCGGUUCCUCUGACACAUAUAGUCCUACCUGAAGAAGAAGAAUACCAUCCUUUGCCUGCUGAAGCAUUUGAUGUGCAAUCAUUGUUGCCUGUUGCAAGCUUGGGAAAUACAUCUUACGAAGCUCUCUAUCAGAAUCAAUUCAAGCAAUUUAAUAAAAUACAAACACAUGCUUUUCAAGUUCUUUACAAGUCUGAUGACAACGUUUUUCUUGCUGCUCCGACUGGAAGUGGAAAGACCACAUGUGCAGAAAUUGCAAUUUUGAGAAAUCAUCAAAAAGGGCAUAUGCGUGUAGUUUAUAUUGCACCUAUUAGAGCUAUUGCUCAAAACCAGUAUCGUGAAUGGAAGACAAAAUUUGGGGGUGGCCUCAACUCAAUGAUUGUUGAAUUAACCGGAGAAAACGAGACAGAUUUGAAACUGCUUGAAGAAGGACAGAUUAUCAUUACUACCCCGCAGAUAUGGGAUGCUUUAUCCCGCCAAUGGAAACAAAUAAUCCAAAUUCAACAAGUUCCUCUUUUGAUCCUUGACGACCUCCACUUCAUUGGAGGUCCAGAGGGUCAUAUUUUAGAGCGUAUUAUUGUGAGGAUGAAGCAGAUUUCUACUCGGGUUGGAAAAAAGAUGCGCAUUGUGGCAUUGUCAGCACCAAUUACAAAUGGAAAGGAUAUUGGGGAGUGGAUUGGAGCUACCUCCCACAGCCUCUUCAAUUUCUCCCCCACUGCUCGUCAUGUUCCUCUGGAAUUAUUCAUUAAGGUUGUUGAAUUUUCUGAUUUACGUUCAGCCAAUCCCUUGGUUAGGUUAAAGGAAAUGGCCAAAAUAACUCAUAGUUUUAUUACAGAGCAUGCAAAGAAGGGGAAACCUAUUCUUGUGUAUGUACCUACAUGGGAGAAUGUAUCAAGAACAGUUUUCAAUAUGAUUUCUGUUUCACAGGCCAAGUCGUGGGUGCAGUUAAAUUCACAACAACAUCAAGCAUUUGAAGCCUCUAUCUGCAAGAUUAGUAAUCUUGAAUUAAAAUCCGCUUUAGCUCUAGGAGUAGGCUUUUUGCAUGAGGGCCUGAACACUAAUGAUCAGGAAUUUGUCAUCCGAUCCUUUGAAGCCGGUCUGAUUAAAAUUUGCAUCAUAAGCAGCUCCAUGUGUUGGGAAGUAUCUUUGUCUGCGCAUAUAGUGGUCUUGAUGGGCACAGAAUAUUAUGACUUUGAUGGACCCAGUUAUCCUAUCACAGAUAUUCUCCAUAUGAUGGGACAAGCUGGUCGUCGUUUGAUCGACAGUGUUGGAAAAGCUCUCAUACUGUGCCUUCCAAAUAAAAAGAGAUACUACAAUAUCUUGUUGCGUGAUUUAUUACCUAUUGAGAGUCAUUUUCAUAAUUGCUUAAAUGAUACAGUCAAUGCUGAAAUAGUUGCUGGAAUUGUUGAAAACUUCAAAGAUGCUGUUGAUUAUCUUGAAAAAUCAUUCCUGUGUCGGCGUCUCCCCAAGAAUCCUAGUUAUUAUGAUUUUCCAGGAUUUAUUGGCGAAGAUGCAGGCACUCACCUCUCAUCGUUAGUUCAAAGAUCCAUGAAUGAAUUAAUGACAAGCGGGAUGGUUAGAGAUGAGGGUGGGGAUAACAUUUCUUCAUCCGUUCUUGGAAGGAUAGCAUCCAAUAACUACAUCAAUUAUCGAACUAUUGGAGCAUUUUCUACACGGAUCACCCUAGAUUCCAAUAUCAGGGAUCUUUUAGAAAUUCUCUGGUCUGCUACAGAAUUUGAAGCACAUCCCACCAGACGGCUACAUGUAGAAGAGGAUGAGAUCCGAGUGCUAAUCGCCAAAGAAAAGUUUCCCCAUGUUGACAACAGAGUCACAAACCCACAAACAAAAGCUAUCGCCCUACUACAAGCCCACUUCUCAAGGCUUCCUAUUUCAAGUAUGAACCUUGAAGCGGAUAGGAGAGAGGUAGUACUUUUAUUUGAGAAACUCCUAAUUGGCUUGAUGGAAGUUAUAUCAGACAGGCGUUGGAUAUUGUCGUAUGCUCGUGCCAUGGAAAUUAAUCAAAUAUUGAUUCAAGCGAUUUGGCAUGACGACCCUAUUUUGCUGCAACUUCCUCAUUUUACAAGGGAGUUGGUUGAUAAAUGCAAUGAUAUCAACAUUCAAAACUUUUAUGACCUGAAAACUACAGAGAGACAAAAUGUGAGAGAACUUCUGGGACUGACAACUUCUGAAUGGAUGGAUAUCACUCGUUUUAUGGAGUAUAACAGUUUUCCAAUAAAGCAUCAUGUAAGGAUGGAUGAGAUAUUUUCUAGGCAGAGGAGAACAGUUGAUGUGAUUCUGAGAACAAAAAGAAAAAGGAAUGAAAUAUUGAUUAAAUUUCCUCACUAUCCAUGUAAGAGGAGAAUUAAAUGGUGGGUUUUUGUAUUAGAUGAUCAAGACAAUGUGCUUGCCUUCAAAUCAGUUUCUCUUUGGACACCUAACAUGUUAGAUGUCACAUUAAGGUUUACGUCUCCAGUUCAAACGGAAAGUGCUUCGUAUAACCUCUAUUUCGUAUGUGAUUCAAUAAAAGGUGUUACUGAAAGGAGAAGUUUUCAUGUGAAAGGCUGUGCCGUGGACUAA